AUGGCCGCAGUUGCUGUUCAAGCUCCAGUUCACGCAGGUCCUCCGGGCCAACCGGACAUUGGGUACGCCCCCAAUCAUGACAACUUUGUUGCUAGAACAAAGCGACGCCAGGAGCAGGAAAAGCUGGCAACAACUUUGCCCGCAGGGUUUCCCCAGAAGCUGGAGUCGAAGCUGGUAUGGGAUGGCAAAACCUUGGCCGAGCACUAUGACUGGAACUACGUCUUGACGGACGCGGACAAGAAGGAGGUCGAUGAUGCGCUUCAGCACUUCAAGUCAUUGAACAAGCCGCUUGGAGAGAUCAAUCAAGAAACUUUCCCCCUACCCCACCUCCACAAGACCCUCCGCGAGAUCUCGGACGAGAUCCACAACGGCCACGGCAUCAAGGUCGUACGCGGCGUCCCGGUCACCAAAUACACUCGCGAAGAAAACGUCAUCAUCUACGCGGGCAUCUCAUCCCACGUCGCGCCCAUCCGCGGCAGACAAGACAACCAGUUUCAGGGUCAACCCGCCGAUGUCGUACUGGCACACAUCAAAGACCUCACCAAGGUCGUGGACCCGCACAAGAUUGGGGCGCCGGCCUACACGACUGACAAGCAGGUUUUCCACACGGACUCGGGCGACGUGAUUGCGCUCUUCGCACUCGGCGAGGCUGCCGAAGGCGGUCAGAGUUACCUGUCGAGCAGUUGGCACGUGUAUAAUGAGCUGGCAAGGACGAGGCCAGAUUUGAUCCGUACCCUAGCCGAGUCUUGGAAUGCCGACGAGUUCGGGAAAGAUGGUCGAUCAUACAGUACCCGGCCCCUGCUGCAUCACCAGCCAGCAGCCGACGGCAACCCUGAGCGCCUCAUCAUCCAAUACGCUCGGCGCGUCUUCACCGGCUACUGGGGCCUGCCGCGGUCCUCCGAUAUCCCCCCCAUCACAGAGGCGCAGGCCGAGGCCCUCGACGCACUGCACUUUCUCGCCGAGAAGUACGCCGCCCACCUGGAUUUCCAUCGCGGUGACAUUCAGUACGCCAACAACUUGAGCAUCUUCCACGCCCGUGGGGGCUUUGUGGAUUCAGACGAGAAGCAGCGACAUUUAAUCCGGCUGUGGCUUCGGGAUCCCGAGCAUGCGUGGAAGACGCCGGAUGCGUUGCGGGAGCGGUGGGAUCGUGUGUAUUCGGGUGUUACUCCGGAGAAGUCUGUGUUUCCCCUGGAACCUCAAAUUCGUAGUGCUAGCCGAGGAGAGUUCAAGCCUGAUGAGAAGGGGAGCUCAGCUUCGUGA